AUGGACACUCAGAGUAAUGUCACAUCUACCGCGGAACUGGAAUCUCAGCUGGACCAAAUUAUUCUUUCUAUUGAAGAAGUUGUACCCCAACGCCUUCGUCAAUGGCUGACGGCGUUCGCUUGUAGCAAUGGCACAACGAGCGAGAUGCUACUUUGUUCAGCUCUGGUGUCUACGAGCUCUUUGCUCGGUCAGACAACACUGAAGCUUUUUGGUUCCUACGAGGAGAAGGCAAACCUUCAUCUGAUCGCUACUGCCCCUUCUGGAACGGGGAAAACACCGGCGUGCCAGAAAGGAUGCGUGGAGCCAAUCGUGGGCCAUGUCGAGGAGAAAAUACAGACCAGCAUUGUGAUUGAUGAAACAUCAUCAAGCGGCCUAUUUAACCAUUUCCUGGGAGGUUAGUUUUUAUUUGACAUCGACAGGAGCUCCUAGCAUUGAUUAUUAUCCUUGGAGUGUAGUAAGCUUCAGCUAAUAUUAUAAGACUUAAUGAAUCACUGAAGGAAAAAAUUCCUGAUAAAUAAUUUAAUGAAUUUGAGAAAUUUUCUUUAACCCUUUAACCCCUAAGAGUGACUAGCAUUUAAUUUCUCCUCACAAUAUCAUUCCUGAAUCAAAUGAAGAUCAUGAGAAAAAAUGAAAUGAUCACUAAGUAAAGAAGCUCUUGACUGUUAAAAAAUUGUCCCUGUCAACACCAUAUGAAAUGUAUUAAGAACACUGUGGAGAAUAUUCCUGUCAAUGCUAGGGUGUAAAGGAUUAAAUGAUUCUCUAGAAGGACUACUGAUCUUGUGCCCUCCAUUCUUGGGGCUAAGCUGAGGGGCUCCCAUGUGAAACAGACAGGGUUGCUUACUGAAAAUAUUGAGUUAAACCCCUAAAGGAGACCAAUGUGGACUUGACUCAGUUGUAAAUAAGUAAAAGGCAAUAUUUUUUUUCCAUUUCUUUACGUGUCCCCCAUAGGGUCUUUAAUAUGUUGGCAUUUUUCCUGGAAACACCCAAAGCAAGCUCAAACAUCUGAAAUUUACACUCCAAAGCAAGACAAUGAACACCCCAGUCUGUUUUGUAUGGGGGUCCCCCUGGGCCCUUUACUCUGCAAUUAAGGGUAAGUGGGUAGAAAUUAUGGGUAGUAUUAGAAAUAAUUUCAGCUCUAAUUUACAAUCAGUUGUCCAGGAAAACAGAAUAUAACCAAUUCAGUACAUUUUAUUGCAGCAUCCACAGUGCCAAUCCUUUGUGUGGAUGAGGCAUACUCUCUCCUACAAAGACUAACAUAUCAGGGAAAAUCAACAUCACAGACAAGCCUCUCAAUGGAACGCCUGUGUAAAUGUUACGAUGGAGAUUUUUGGUACGUACUAAAAGGGACAAAAGGCAAGCGAGUUGGAGUAACUUCAGCUAAACUAGCCCUCCUUGCUUUCACCACCCCUCAGCAGUUCCUGGAGUCAGUUUGGCCAAAAAUUGUAGCCUCAAAAAAUGGGCUGGCAGAGAGGUUGCUGUUUUUUUAUCAAAGAAGAUCAGAAGAUCUUGACCUGGAAGCCAUGGCAGAAAACUCUGACUCCCUGGACGAGUUUUCUGUUAAAUCUCUUGGCGAUGUAUUCGAAAAGAUAUAUGUAGAACAUAACACAACCCCAGCACUGAAAUACAUGCUGACUGCCACUGCUAAGGAAGUUUUCUUUAAGUUUAGCAAGCCUAAUGAAGAUGACAGCCAGGGUGCAGUUGCCAGUCCAAGUAUUUCUUCAGGUUCAAAGAAAUAUAAAAACACUUUACGUGUUGCUUUAAAUAUGCAUGUCCUUUAUCACCGGCUAACCAAAGCACUUGCCUUGGAGUCAGGGACAACACCCACAACAAUCACAGCAGAAACCAUGCAAAUGGCAAUAACUUUCAUGGAUACUCUUGAGACCAUGAAGGGAAUCUCAGAGCUGGUGAGUUUAAUAUAACAAUAAUGAUAAUAAUAAUUAUUAUAAUUGUCAUUAUUAUAAUAAUCUAUUAUGGUGACCCACCUGGAAAGGAAAUGACCAUAUCCUGGACAAUGGGGGCAUUUCUUUGUUCUAACACCAUCAAAUUUACUCUACAUCUGUAGAUUUUAAAUUACUCCUGAUGAGCAAUGCAAGACUUACAUGACAUUCCCAACCAAAAGAUCACAUGAUUAAUUAAAUUAAUUAAGUUUAAUUUUUUAUUCCAAACUGAUUGGAAAAAGAACAAAACAAUUCAAACUACAAGAUACAUGGUUUGCAUUAUGCACUCAAUAUUUAGUGGACUGCUGAUAACAUAAAAACUUUAUGGUUUAUUUUAAUUUGAGCCAAAUGGGUUUGUUUUACAGUCUUGCCAUCUGCAGAAGUCCUCAGUAGGACUCAAAGUGGGAGUGUUGGGUGAAGACAUCCAAAAGAGAAUUCUGUCUCUCCCUGGUCCUUUUGUGUGUGUAAGAAGAGUAGUGCGGAGCUAUUCUUCUACUAGAAGACCCAGUAGUAAAGCAGCCCAGGAAGCCAUGGCAGCCUUACAGGAAGCUAGAAUUGGUUCCAUCAUAAAAAUUAAUAAGUUGGUAGUCUUCUGCAAAAAGCUUCCAACAGUUGUAAGCCCACAUGCAAUUGCUGCUUGUGGUUUGACACCAGAAGAGUACCAUCAGGCAUUUCUAAAAAAAGAUAAUAAAAUCACAGUGGACAUGCACGAAACUGUCAUUAAUGCUCAUCCACAAAAGGAUGAAAUUCUAGCAUUCUUAGAGGCAACAGAGUAG